CAUCUCCAUCUCCAUUAAAACUCGUCUCCUUUCUCAGAACCUCACCAAGCUUCAUCAAUGGCGGAACUCCACCAUCUCCACCUCCUUCUCCUUCUCCUUCUCUCCCUCUUCUCUCCCAUUCCAAGCUCUGCCCAGCCCUGCGGAAACAUCACAGUCCCUUACCCACUAAGCACGGAGACCAAUUGCGGCGAUCCUUCCUACAAAGUUCGUUGCGACAAUUCAUCAAACACCUUGUUGUUCGACUCAAGGAAUGGCUCCUCCUACACCAUCACCUCCAUCAACGCCGAAUCGCAGCGUCUCAUCAUCCGCCCGGCGGCUUUCCAGUCUCCGACCACCUGCGCCACCACCGAUCUCGCCGAUCAAGGCAUCCAACUCGAUCCCUCUCUCCCCUUCAACGUCACAAGCAGCAACACCAUCAUGCUCCUCAAUUGCACCCAACGUCUCCUUCUCUCCCCUCUCAAUUGCUCCUCCACUUCACCGUGCCACGCCUUCAUUAACUCCAACGCGGAAGCUGCAUCUUGCCGGCGAUCUUCGAUUUGUUGUACUUUCCGGGCCGGGGGUUCAUCGACGUCGUACUCCGUUCGCACUAGUGGGACUGGUUGCAGUGCUUAUCGGAGCUUUGUGAAUCUCGAUACUGGAUCGACGCCGGUGGCGAAUUGGGAGAAGAGCGCUGGAGUGGAGCUCCAGUGGGCGUCGCCGAGGGAGCCGGUGUGCAAAUCUCAGUCGGACUGUGAAGCGGGAGUGAACGCGACGUGCAAGGUUGAUCCGGCGACCAACGGCGGAGCAACACGUCGCUGCUUUUGCGUCGCCGGUCUUCACUGGGAUCCCUUCUCCGGCACUUGCGCCACUGACCCACAGCCAGAUUCCGACAACUCCACAAACCACGCCGCAUUGAUCGCCGGACUAGUCUCCGGAUUAGUAGUAGCAAUCUUGAUUAUCAUUUCCGGAAUCCUUCUCUACCGGCGGCAACAACGAAUCCGAGAAGCAAAAGAAAGACUACAAAAGGAAAGAGAAGACAUCCUCAACGCCAACAACACCAGUGGCCGCUCCGCCAAGAACUUCACCGGCAAAGAAAUCAAGAAAGCAACCUCAAACUUCUCCCGUGACAAUCUCCUCGGCAUCGGCGGCUUCGGCGAAGUCUUCAAGGGCGUGCUGGAAGAUAGCACACCAGUAGCCGUGAAAUGCGCGAAGCUCGGCAACACAAAGUCCACCGAUCAAGUCCUAAACGAAGUGCGAAUCCUGUCACAAGUGAACCACAAGGGACUCGUUCGCUUGCUCGGCUGCUGCGUUGAGCUUGAGCAACCACUCAUGGUCUAUGAGUUCAUACCCAAUGGAACACUCUACGAGCAUUUGCAUGGACUACGCGGAGGUGCUGGUAAGCUCUCAUGGAGACACCGGCUUGUCAUUGCUCGGCAAACGGCCGAAGGCCUUGCUUACUUGCAUUCUUCGGCGGUGCCACCGAUAUAUCACCGUGACGUGAAGUCGAGCAACAUACUCUUGGAUGAGAAGAUGAAUGCUAAAGUUUCAGAUUUUGGGCUGUCACGUUUGGCCGAGACAGACGUGAGCCAUGUUUCAACGUGUGCGCAGGGGACGUUGGGGUAUUUAGACCCGGAGUAUUAUAGGAACUAUCAGUUGACUGAUAAGAGUGAUGUGUAUAGUUAUGGAGUGGUGUUGUUGGAGUUGUUGACUAGUCAAAAGGCUAUAGAUUUUUGUAGAGGUGCAGAGGAUGUGAACUUGGCUGUUUAUGUGGGGAGAAUGGUGGAGGAGGAGAGGUUGAUGGAGGUGGUGGAGGAGGGGUUGAAGAAUGGGGCUAGUCAAGUGGAGUUGGAUACUAUGAAGGCUUUGGGGUUCUUGGCUAUGGGUUGUUUGGAAGAGAAAAGGCAGAAUAGGCCUUCUAUGAAGGAGGUGGCUGAGGAGAUUGAGUAUAUUAUGAACAUUGAGGCUGGUGCUGGUGCUGGUGCUGGUGUGUAAGUAUGGUGUUUUUUGUUUUUGGGUUUAUGAGUUUGUGUUAAUGUGUUGGCUGUGUUUAAUAUAUAUAUAUAUAUAUAUAUAUAUGUCUAGUGGUUGUUUUAAUACAUAGAAUGUUUUAGUGGAUAAUUUUGAUGUUUUGUUAUGUCAGGGUGUUUUUCUGAAUGUAAUUUUGGAGAAGGAUUGUAAUGAAUACAACUGUUUUAUUAUCA